AUGAAAGGAAAGAAGGUCGUCAAGACGAAGGAAGACGUGAAGGUAAUGACCGAUGGGAAACUGACCCAUAUCAAAUGGAUGUACAAGAAAGAAAUCAACGUGCUGACAACCAUCCAUGACGCUUCUUCACAGUGCACAGACCGUCAUGACAGAGAUGGCAACCCUGAUGACAAAUUCAAGGCUCUCAUCGACCACAACAAGUACAUGGGCGCUGUAGACCGGUCAGACCAGAUGGUCCAGUACAGUUCUUUCAAGAGGAGGACAAUGAAGUGUUGGACAAAGCUCUUUAUUCAUUUGUUCAUGCUGGCAGAAUUAAAUGCAUACCUACUGUACAAGGCCACAGCAGUAGCAAACAGGGGGACAGCAAUCAGCCACAGAACCUUCUGCCACAUGAUGUGCAAGGAGAUGGUGUCAUUCGCCCCCAUUCAAGACGCCAGAAGGAGGAUACUUCCUAGUCCAGGCGCAGACCAACUGCACAUGCUGACUGGUCGUCACUUCCCCUCCAAGGUGCCAAACCAGGGACAAAAAAGGAAGCAGCCAUACAUGAACAGCUUUGUCUGCUCAAAGACAAGCCAAAGGCGACGACAGCCUAAAAGCUGCACCAAAGAAAGUGUCAACGACCAUCGAGUGCAGGAUCUGUGA